AUGACAGCAGACGAUACCAACCAUCUUGAAUCGAGUGACGCCAUGGUCAUCGAUUCGCCUGAAGUGAAGCAAGAGGAAACGCCCAUGGUGCUUAGCCCUGAACAGGAACGAGUGCGUGCCAAGCAAGAGUGGAUCAAGCAAUUCAGACUCAAGUUCUGCAUUCGACCCGACUUUGAAAUCACAAAGAAUAUUAUUCACCCGGAUGGCACGUUGAAUCAAGACUAUUUUCGACCUCCUCGUGGUGCCAAACGUCAACCUACUCGCAAGUGGACGGAUGCUGAAAAGGAUUUGCUUAUUGAGGGCAUUGAGAAAUAUGGCAUUGGUAAUUUUGGUGAGAUCUCUAAGGAAUUGCUGCCAAAAUGGACAACCAAUGAGCUACGCAUCAAAUGUAUACGAUUGAUUGGACGACAAAACCUGCAACUCUAUCGUGGAUGGAAGGGCAACGCGGAUGAUAUUGCACGUGAAUACGCUUACAACAAGGAGCUUGGCAACAAGCAUGGUACUUGGAAGCAAGGUGUGCUCGUUUAUGAUGACGAUGGCAAGGUUGAGAAGGAACUACGUGAAUAUCACAAGAAGGAUCAAGACAAGGGCAAGCAAAAGAUGGAUUCAUCCAACAAGAAAAAGACCCAAUCCAGUGAUGAGGAUGUGGAAAUGAGCUAG